CCAUUGCUCGCCACUCGAUCUACGUGCUGCUCCCCGUAUCCUACUGGCAACCUUUUCUCGCCGCUGUCGAGAUACGUCUGCACCAAAAGCGAUGAAUGGACAUGUGGGGAGCAGCAACGGUCUGGUGAAUGGAUCAGAUGCAGCAGAGCAGGGAGCCUACGGGGACGAGUCUGUUCCCUCGACAAGUACCGGAGGAGCGUCGAGCGUGAAUGGGUAUGCUCAUCCAUCACCAUUCCAGCUUCACAAUGACGAGAUAUUGAACCACCUGUAUAAUGCAUUUCAGACAGGCAACUACGCCGAUACAUUCCUGCACGUCCAUCAGCAUGCCUAUCGACUGCAUGCUCUCAUCAUCUCUCGUUCGCCAUUCCUGGCUCAUUUGAUGUCCACGACGCCACAGCCUACUGGACAGUGUAAUAUCUAUCUGAACCUCGAGCAGGAGCCGGAGGUGACAACAGAGGGUCUAAGCAUUGCACUGGGUUACCUCUAUUCGUCUGUAACAGUACGGGCUAUCAAUUCUCAAAAUGCUAAAGCUGUGCUUGCCGCCGGCUGCCUUCUCGGUGGCAUGGACGAGCUCUGCAACUACGCGUAUGAAAUUUGCAGACAAUCCAUCGCCGUCGAAAACAUCUCCACCUGGCUUCAGUUCGUGGAAGCCGUCCCUGCGCCAUCGAAUGGUACAUCAACGCCUAUUGACCAGAUGCCCCCUCCCCGGGCUGCGAUCUUCGGCCCCUUUGCUCAGAGGCUGAGGGAGGACGUGUUCGACUUCCUUGUUGUCACGCUUCCUCAGACUUUGAAUGUGGGCGGCCUAUCGACGCCCAUUUCGCCGCAUCCAGAUGGACAGCCAUCUGACGCUGGGCGUGACACCUUGUUGCAAAUCUUCGCCCUUAUUCCAUUUGACAUGUUCAAGGCCGCGGUGGAAUCGCCAACCUUCCAAAUAGGUUCGGAUCAAGCGCGAUUCAAAUUUGCGAAGGACGCGAUCGAAUUGCGGAAGCGGGGAAUCGCUCGUGGGCAGGGAGCCGAGGAGACGGUUGUGCUCGCGUUCGGCGGGCACCAUGGUGGGAGCGCGGUCCAUGUCACGCGCAAGUUGCGGAAGCGGCCUUUGUGGAAGGUCAAUGCUUGAUCUAUAGUGUGUCUCGUAGUGUUGUCGCUUGUCAUCUUGCAUUGUCGUCGUUGUGCGGACAGGGACGUUCAUCGUGUCUGUCGAAAAUCUGUAUCGUAUCAAAUCAUUCCACACAUGCGUAAUCCUGAACCGGUGCAUCCGUUGGAUAGAA